AAAGGAUAAGCUCACGAUAAAGCCCCGCACUCAAAAUUAUAGUAACUAGAAAAACGGAAUCUUCUCUGGUUUCUCUCUCCUCAAUUUUCUCGUAUUUACCCAAUUCAAAAUCCAUUACCAUUUAAAUAACAAUUUCUCAAAUUAUGGAAACCAUUCUGCUACUCUACAGUUACUUGGAUGAACUUUUCUUAUUGUAAUAAUCCAAAUUAGAGAGCUGUGUGAUUUUUGGUUUGUUGGUGAAUGGCGAUGGAUGAUAACGAGAGUUGUGGAAGUAGAGCGAUGGAGCCAACGUCACCGAGGCAUAAUAGGUUACAAAGGCAGAAACAUGAAGUGUAUAACCAAGUGCUUAGUAGAUUACAGGAUUUGAAUCUCGAAGAGGUUAAAUUACCUGGUUUUGAAGACCACCUUUGGCUUCACUUCAGUCGCCUCCCUGUUCGAUAUGCAUCGGAUGUGAAUGUGGAGAGAGCAGAAGAUGUGCUCAUGCAUAAGAGAUUACUGGACCUAGCAGAGGAUCCUGAGAAUAGACCUGCUUUUGAUGUCCGCCUUGUUCAGGUUCAGCCUAUGUACAAUGGAGUGUCAACCAAUACUGUUGAUGUAGAUUCUUCAGUUAAAGAAGAAAUCCCAAGCAUCCAUCCUCCUCCAACAUUUGGUUCAGCACCAAAUCUUCAAGCCCUUGAAAUUCAGGACAAUAAACCUGUAAAUGAUGGAGAAAGUGAUAUCAAUUCAACUUCGCGGACAACCAGGCCAAUGCACGAGAUUACUUUUUCAACAAUUGACAAGCCAAAAACUCUCACUCAGUUGACCAAUAUAAUUUCUGAGAUUGGUCUGAACAUUGAAGAGGCCCAUGUUUUUUCAACUACUGAUGGUUUCUCCUUGGACGUCUUUGUGGUUGAUGGAUGGCCAUAUGAGGAGACGGAGUUGCUUAAGAGUGAGGUGCAAAAGGAAACUAUAAGGAGCAAGGAGCAACCACAGUUCCAGGCUGCAAUGAAUGAGCCAGGUCAAACAUCUGAAUCAGGUUCCGAUAGUGUAAAAAUACCUACUGAUGGAUCUGAUGACUGGGAAAUUGAUAUCCGUCUGCUGAAAUUUGAAAACAAAGUUGCAUCUGGGUCAUUUGGAGAUUUGUAUAAAGGCACAUACUGUAGCCAGGAAGUGGCUAUAAAAGUUCUCAAGCCUGAACAUUUGAAUAUGGAUAUGGUAAAAGAGUUCACCCAGGAGGUCUUUAUAAUGAGGAAAAUUCGGCACAAAAAUGUUGUUCAAUUUAUAGGGGCAUGCACACGACCUCCGAACCUGUGCAUCGUGACAGAGUUCAUGUCCAGAGGAAGCAUCUAUACAUUUUUGCACAAGCAAAGAGGUGCUUUUAAGCUUCCUACUCUCCUGAAGGUUGCAAUUGAUGUUUCUAAGGGAAUGAGUUAUCUGCACCAGAAUAAAAUAAUUCAUCGGGAUCUGAAGACUGCCAAUCUUCUGAUGGAUGAACAUGGAUUUUUGCAUUCCAAGGAAAUCUAUUGUGAACUAUGCUUAAAUCACCCAGCAACACCUACACUGCUGCUGGUUGUUAAGGUUGGUGACUUUGGGGUCGCGAGAGUGCAGGUUCAAACUGGGGUGAUGACUGCAGAAACUGGAACAUAUAGAUGGAUGGCUCCUGAGGUGAUUGAACACAAACCGUAUGACCACAAGGCCGAUGUUUUCAGCUUUGGUAUAGUGGUGUGGGAACUUCUGACUGGAGAAAUUCCAUAUGCGUACUUAACACCAUUACAAGCAGCAAUAGGUGUGGUGCAGCAGGGUCUUCGGCCAACAAUUCCUAAAACCACUCAUCCAAAGCUUGUUGAACUUCUUGAGAAAUGCUGGCAGCAAGACCCAACUCAGAGACCUGAUUUCUCGGAGAUUUUGGAUAUUCUGCAGAAACUAACUAGGGAGGUUGGAGAUGAUGGAGAGGACAGACACAAGGACAAAACCAUCAGUAGCUUUUUCUCGGGUCUUAGAAAGGGCAAUCACUGAGAUUUUACUAAAAGAGAGGAGGGUAAUCGGCCUUCAGCUUUUGUCGCAGUGUACAGAUUCUCAGAUGACCAGACUCGAUCCGAUUAGUUUUUGUAUCAUGAUUUUAUCCAAUGUUGCUUGGUAUUCUUUUACUAUUCCUAAUUUAGUCAGGGGUGCAAGCUGGUGAGGAAAGCUUUGGCAACUCUGUACAGAAUACCUGUGAAUUUCCGCAAGUUCUAAUUGCUAGUCCUUUUUCUACUCUUUUUAAUUAAGAACCUAUAUCUUUUUUAA